AAGUUCCAACUUCCAAACACACUUCUCACUAGUCUCAACCGGCUAUAUUCUAGCGGAUACUCCGUCGCCAAUAAGCUGGCGCAACCGGAGCCCUAGACUGCAUAUAGAGUUUUGUUGCGUUGGUAUAUCAUACUCCGUACAGGAAAUUGUGUUUGACGAGAGUGAAUCUCGUGAAGCUUAAACACGCCUUCUUGGCCCCCAUUUUUCACACCUCCCGCGCCACAGCUUACUUUCACGUCUCACUAAAUCCAAACGCCUUCCCUCUCUCGUUCUCCAAUUUCUUCGAAUACCCAAUCAAUUUCUCGAUUCAGCUAUCUUCUCGAUUUCUAUUUAUCAGUCAAUUUUGUAUUGUCGCGUGCAGUAAAGAAGGGGUGUGAUGAACGAACUAGCGAAUUGAAAGCUCAAAAAACAAUGGCGCAAGAGGUCGACCAUUUACCCUUGAUCAAACGAUGGAAAUUGUUAGUGUCCUCAGAGAAGACGCAUUCGCCUCUACAAAACGUGAAAUCCGAAGAUGAAGAAGCUCCAACGGAGGCCAAUGUUGAUGUUGUUUUCGAGAAGGAAUUUGGAUGCUGCAAUUCACAGGUGUCAAAUGUUCCUGACGAAGUAAAGGUUGAGCCUUCAGAUGAUGGCCUGUUUAAUUUAUUGGAAAUUGGUACAAAUUCCAUAUCUGAUGUAGGGAUGCUUGGACUUAAGGUCAAGAAUAGCAGUGACAGUGACUCUGUGGAUGAUCUUGAUCACAUUGUACUUAAAAAGCGCCAAAGGUUGCUACUGGAAAGGAAGUUGUUGGGGUUGGUGAAACCAGUUCGUCAGGUCAAUUCUCAUGGAUUUUCUGAAGAGAUUGUUCAAAAUUGUGCUGGGAGAAUCAAAGAAGAGGUUUGUUCAGUUCUUGAAGACUUCAAAGAAGCUGAAAACCAAUCAAAUGAGACUCAUGAAAAUGUUUCUUCUGUUCUUUCCACAACUUCGGUCAACAGUUCAAGCAAUCACUGUGCGUUGGUAUCUUUCACCACUAACCUACAUUCACAAGCAUUUGAUUGUUAUCCAGGGGCUACUGUAGUGACACAUUUGAGUAAUGAUGUGAAAGAAUGUGAUAGGACAUACUCAUCUCAGAGAUCAUCCAUGGAACAAAGCUCAUGUGAUGGAAAGGAAUGUUCAUCUUUGAGCAUGUUAAAUAUGUCUGGCUCAACUUUACUGACACCUGCUAAAGUUAAGGUUGAACCGUUGGACAACAAGGAUAUGCACGGACCUAAAAAGGAUGCCCUCUCUAAGAUUUCCCUAAACAUACAACCAGUGAAAAGUGAACCAGGUAUCUCUGAUCAACUUAAGGAUUCAUGUAGCCAACCCCAAACAAUUUGGGACAAGUCUCGGAUAGUGAUGAUGAUACAGCCAGUGAAAAGUGAAAUUGAUAUGCCUGAUCAAUUUGGUGGAGACAAGUUGGACCAUAUGCCACUGAGAGAUCGAAUGAAACUACUGGCGUCUAGAGAGCAUUUAGAAUCAAAUAUCUCAGAUCAAUACAAGGGCACGAGAAAUGUUAUACGUUCUGCCCUUGAGUAUAGCCCUGUUGUUCCAAAAGUGGCAAAACCAAUAAGGAUCAACCGCUCCCGUAAAAGGAAGAAAACUGCCACUGAUUCAGUAGAAGCUGCACUGAAGGAAGAUGCUCCUGAGCUCUUGCAGGUGUUAAUUGAUAAAGGAGUGUCAGUUGAUGAGAUUAAACUUUAUGGAGAGAUGGAGAGUGAUGAGACCCUUGAUGAAUCCCUCAACCAAGAUAGCUUAACAGAUCUUGAAGCCGUGAUAUCAAAGCUUUUCUUUCAGCGCAACUCGUUAUUAAAGUUUGCUCCUAUACAGUGCACAAAAGGUGAAAAACCUAGUUAUUGCCUGGAUUGUCUAUUCUCACUUGUGGAACAGUCACGAUAUCUGAGGUUUCGCAAGUGGCCUGCUGAAUGGGGUUGGUGCCGAGAGCUACAGUCAUUUAUAUUCGUCUUUGAAAGGCAUAACAGAAUUGUACUGGAACGUCCUGAGUAUGGCUUUGCUACAUAUUUCUUUGAGCUCGUAGAUUCCUUAUCCGUUGACUGGCAGAUAAAGCGUUUGGUCAUUGCUAUGAAGCUUACUAAUUGUGGCAGGAUUAACCUGAUUGAGAAUAAAGCAUUAACGGUUGGAGAAGACGUGAGUGAAGGUGAGGCACAAGUACUGGUGAAAUAUGGUUGGAUGCCGAAUACUGGCUUAGGAACAAUGCUAAACUAUUGCGACAGAGUUGUUCACGACAGGAGGAAUGAGAAGGAUAGCUCAGAGUGGAGAUCAAAAAUUGGGAAACUUUUGAUGGACGGAUAUAAUGGAGGAAGUAUAGUUUCAGCCAGUACCCCAAGGGACAUCAUAGACUAUGGUGGUUUUGAGAAGAGCCCACAAAUCAAGCAAGAGCAGUAGUUAAGUCUCUAAACAGCUGAAUGUAUAUAUAGAUUAGUAUGCAGUCUUUGUCCAACUGUUAAGCAGUGUAGGAUUAGAUGUAGGAUUUUAAAUUUAGUCGUAUGCAAAUGCUAUUGUGAACUUCUACAAUCUCAUUGAGUCUGCAUUACAAAUGAUAGGUAUUUCACCCUGUAGAAAGGGACUUCUUGGCUUGUCUUUGUGCUUCUAAUAUUUGGAGUACUGGAACAUGCUUUACAUGCGCUAGAAUUGAUUCUUAUAUGGAGCAAGUUGCAGUGGUUUA